UUCCUAAACUCCACCUUCUUCACAAGCUUAAAUGGCUCUCUGUAAUCUCCAUCACUGAAACAACAAUCCAUGGAAACACUUCCCCUGUUACCACACUUUCUCUUCUUCCUCCUUUCUCUUCUCAUCACGUUCAACCUUUUCUUCCAAAAAACAAAGCACAAAAACCUUCCACCAGGUCCACCACCUCUUCCCAUAAUCGGCAACCUUAACCUCCUCAAACGGCCCCUCCACCCUUUCCUCCAACGCAUGUCCCAAACACACGGCCACGUCUUCUCCCUCUGGUUCGGUUCCCGUCUCGCCGUCAUCGUUUCAUCGCCCUCCGCCUUCCAAGAAUGUUUCACCAAAAACGACGUCGCCUUGGCCAACCGACCUCGUUCCCUCUCCGGAAAGCACAUCUUCUACAACUACACCACCGUGGGGUCGUGCUCCUACGGCGAGCUCUGGCGCAACCUCCGCCGCAUCAUCGCACUCGACGUUCUCUCAACUCAACGCAUCCACUCCUUCGCGGGAAUCCGUAAAGACGAAAUAGAGAGGCUGCUGCGUACCCUGGCCAAGGCCUCGCGAAUGGAGUAUGCGCAGGUGGAGCUAGGUUUCAUGUUCCAUGACAUGACGUAUAACAACAUGAUGAGGAUGAUAUCGGGGAAAAGGUACUACGGAAAUGAGAUUCAGUCGAAGGAUUUGGAGGAGGCGAAGGAGUUCAGAGAGACGGUGGAAGAGAUGCUGCAACUGGCGGGAGUUUCCAACAAGGCAGAUUAUUUGCCCUUACUUCGGUGGUUCGAUUUUCAGAACCUGGAGAAGAAGCUGAAGAGUAUUAACAAGAGAUUCGAUACGUUCUUGGAUGCACUCAUUCAAGAGCAACGCAACAAGAAGGAGAGAGAGAACACUAUGAUGGAUCAUCUUCUGUAUCUGCAAGAGUCUCAGCCGGAGUACUAUACUGAUCAAAUCAUCAAAGGUCUUGUUUUGGCUAUGCUCUUCGCCGGGACAGAUUCAUCAGCCGUAACUUUGGAAUGGUCACUGUCAAAUUUAUUGAACCAGCCAGAGGUGUUGAAGAAAGCAAGAGAUGAAUUGGAUAGCAAAGUAGGGCAAGAGCGUUUGGUAAAAGAAUCAGACCUUCCAAAUCUGCCUUACCUUAGAAAGAUAAUCCUUGAGACACUUAGGUUAUACCCUCAUGCACCACUGGCAAUACCACAUGUUUCCUCAGAAGACAUAACCAUUGAAGAGUUCAACGUUCCACGAAACACGAUAAUAAUUGCUAAUAUUUGGGCCAUGCAAAGAGACCCUGUAUUGUGGGAUGAAGCAACAUGUUUCAAACCGGAGAGGUUUGAUGAAGAGGGAUUGGAGAAGAAGUUGGUGUCAUUUGGAAUGGGAAGAAGGGCUUGUCCGGGAGAAACUUUGGCUAUGCAGAAUGUUGGGUUGACUUUGGGAUUAUUAAUUCAAUGCUUUGACUGGAAGCGAGUAAAUGAGGAUCCCAUUGAUAUGAGAGAGGCAGAUCGGUUCACUUCAUCCAGGUUAACUCCAUUGAAGGCCAUGUGUAAAACCCGCUCACUCAUUCACAACCUUAAUUUCAAAUAACUUAGCUUUACUCACCUGGCUUAU